AUGGUCGAUAGCGCUGCCGACGCAGAUUUGCCUGAUUGUGAAAGUGACUACUCAGCUAACUUGGUAAAAUCAACAGAAGAAGGUCAAAGAGAGCUCAAACCUUCACGCCAUGUGACCUCAAACAUAAGGCUCAUGAAUGCCACGACCCACACUCUUCGAGAGUUCGUUGGCACCAUGGUGCCUGAGUACGCCAUCCUGUCCCAUACUUGGCUGCCAGAUGGUGAGGUGCUCUUUGAGGAUAUGGCCGACCUGAGGAUUGCGUCUCGAAAGCCCGGUUUUAAGAAGAUCGAGCUCACGUGUAAACAGGCCUUGUGUGAUGGACUUGACUGGGUUUGGGUCGAUACGUGUUGUAUUGAUAAAAAAAGCAGUGCUGAGCUCUCGGAGGCCAUCAACUCGAUGUUUGACUGGUAUCGAUGCAGCACUCUUUGCUAUGCUUACCUCUCCGAUAUUGAGGGCGACGCAGGAAUUUCAGAAAGUCGUUGGUUUACGCGUGGCUGGACUCUACAGGAACUGAUCGCCCCAAAUAACUUGAUGUUCUAUAGCAGGAAGUGGCGAAAACUGGGAUCACGGUAUGACCGUGCCGAGGAGGUUUCAUCUAGGACCAAGAUCGGAGUCGAAUUUUUGAAUAGAGAGGGCCCGGGUAUAAAUCCUGCAGACGUUCGACAAAAUCUCAAAAAGGCCAGUGUUGCUUACAAGAUGUCCUGGGCUUCGGAUCGAACCACCACUCGUAUUGAAGAUAAUGCCUACAGCCUGCUUGGGAUUUUCCAGGUGAACAUGCCUUUGUUGUAUGGUGAAGGGAAUCGAGCUUUUGGCAGACUGCAAGAAGAAAUCAUGAGAAUCUCGGAUGACCAGUCAAUGCUUGCCUGG